GCCUAAUUUCUUCCAUUCUUCUUUCCAAAAAAAUAAACACAAAAAUUAAAGCUCAUCAGUGGUUGCUGCGAUGUCUACUGACAGAGCAAAAGACCCUGGUGAAGGAUCAUCACGAUCUGCCGGUGAACAGCAGCCGCAAUCAUCGGCUCCUCCACCACUAAGUCGUUAUGAGUCGCAAAAGCGUAGAGACUGGAACACCUUUGGUCAGUACUUGAAGAACCAGAGACCUCCAGUUUCAGUUUCACAGUGCAACUGCAGCCAUAUACUGGACUUCCUUAGGUACCUGGAUCAGUUCGGUAAGACUAAGGUGCACUUACAAGGUUGUAUCUUCUUUGGGCAGCCAGAGCCUCCUGCUCCUUGUACCUGCCCUCUCAGGCAAGCUUGGGGAAGUCUUGAUGCACUCAUUGGCCGCCUCCGGGCAGCAUAUGAAGAGAACGGUGGAUCUCCGGACACGAACCCUUUCGGCAAUGGUGCUAUUCGUGUUUAUUUGCGUGAGGUGAGGGAGUGUCAAGCUAAGGCAAGAGGGAUUCCAUACAAAAAGAAAAAGAAGAAGAAAAAUCUACUCAAGCCCAACAAAGAUCCCAACCCGUCGAUGCAGUCUACUUCAUGAUUCCUAUGGCUUCUUCUCUUACAUGUUCCCUCAGGGAUUAGUAUUUGUUCGGGAGAGUGUCAUUGUUAUUGUGGGUUUUUUCCUCUUCAUGGUCCUGUUGGUGAAAGGGAGAUGUUGUGAUUCCCUUUGGGGGUUUUCUCUUGUCUUGUAUAUGUUCCUCUUUGUAUGGUUUUCCAUUUCUACGCAAUAAAGUGAUACUAAUAACCUAUCCAGAAAAAGAAAGAAAAAGAAAAAAAAAAACCCUCUAGGUUGCAGAGAUACUGUACUAGGCAAGGGCAAGUUUGUCAUCAUAUUGUAUUGUAAUCUAUGAAAGACAUUGCAAUUGUCCUUUGUACCUUCUCCCAGAUUGUCAUUUUGCCAAUGUUGGAUAUUAUAUAUUGAAGUGAAAUCUGAUCUCCUUCAUGCCUUUGUUUUGCAGACUCGACGACAAAAAUGCA